AACAGGCCAAAUACCACCUCCCCACUUUAAAGCAAGUGAAAAAAAGCAGUAAAACAAACAAUAAAGCAAAACAAUAACAAAAUUAAUAAAAGGUAGGGGCAGCAGCAGCAAUUAACAAAGGUGAAGAGACAUUCAAGCCCGUAAUCCUGGCUUAUCAUGGAAAUCAUAGUUUUCACAAAAUGCUGAAUAUGUGAGCAUUUGUACACAUUCCAUUGGAACUUAACCCUCCCGCUGCAAUGGAUCCACAUGUGGAAAGGCUGUCAAAGUGCCUGAAGAAAGCAUCUUAUGUGAGAGGAUGGCAUUCAUUAAAGUUUCACUGUUCUGAUGCAUUUGUAAUUCAUUCACUGUUCCCUUUCCAAGUAUUUGGUCUCCAAAUCCGUGGUUUGUAUUGUUUCAUUCCCACCCAGCAUUACUGUCCUCAUAUUUUUAGAAAGAAUGGAUAGCGGAUAGCAGGAAUUAUUAUUUUUCAAAGCAAAAGAUGGAAAAUAGUAACCUGACUAUUUACUCCUAUUGCACCCUGGAGCAAGAACUUUUGGCUUGCUUGCCCCAGUUGGACAGGAGAAUAUUGGCAGGAGUCUUCUUUAGUGGCUGCCGACCAUUAGAGUUUGCUCCUGUGCCAUCUCUCCUACGUGAUUGGAAAAAACACAAUCCUUUUUUUUUAAAUCGCCUGACAGUUCCUAUAUCAAACAGCAAUGUAUAUUGCCAUCACUUGGCGAUUAACGCGUAUUCAUGGUGGGCAUUAAUGAUUUAAUGCACGAGUACCAGUGCUUCAAAAUGCAGGCUGCUUGAUGCUUAUUUCUCUAUGUUUUUGGUAGAUUAGCUCUUAAGAAGCUUCCUCGAUUCCCUCUCUUAAACCCGCAAGAUAACAACAUCAAGACUUGUCAAGGAAUAGAUGAUUUGUCUGGAAACUAUGCCAUGAAGUGGUUUGAUAUGGCUAUGUGAUUAUACGUGUCAAAAGCAAUAGUUUUUAGCAGACCACAGGCACAAACCAGGAAGGUCUCCUGCACAAGCCCCAUACUUGAAAUUAAUACUCCUACUCAUUUCAGUUUGAUUCACACAGGAAAACUUGUCAUAUUGUGGAUGCUGUAUCAAUCAAAAGGGAACAAUACUGUAGUAAUCAUUUCUAGCAUCAAUAUAAUGAUUUAAUUAGAGCAUUUGAUGACUUUUCACCUACCUCCAUUCCGUAUUCUUUUUUACAGUAGCCCAGUGAGGCAGGUCAGUAUUAUUAACAUACCGCAGAUGUAAGACGUGUGUGUGUGUGUGUGUGUGUGUGUGUGUGUGAGAGAGAGAGAGAGAGAGAGAGAGAGAGAGAGAGAGAGAGAGGAAAUAGUGGUGUACCUCCGGUGACCUAAUGAGUUUAUGUUCAACAUGUAAUCUGCACUGUUUAGAUAUCUUGGCUCACAGUUCACACCCUUAGCCACUAUAUGUUACUUCGAAAAACAAUUGAACAAGAUGUGGUAAUGGCUGCCAAUUUAGACAGCGUUGAAAAGUGGUUGGAGAAAUCUAUGGAAGAUAGGGCUAUAAAUGGCUAUAGGUUAUCUUCAAUAUCCAAGGCAGUAUGCCACUAACUGCCAAUUGAUGAGGAACCAAUUGUGGAGGGCCAUUACCCUAAUGUCCUGCUAGUGGAUUUCUAUCUGGUUGGCCACUUUGAGAAACAGGGUGCUAGCCUGGAUACGCCUAUGGUCUGAUCCAGGGGGCUCUUUUUUUAGGAGCAAAAUUUCCAAGCUUUUGUUUGGGGGGGAAGUUUGUUUAGCAUCUGCUGAUAAUGAAAACUUUGACCUCCUUGACCCUUGUACUGUACAGAAUUUUUGUAAUACAUCUAUAUAAUAUAUUUCAGUAUUUACAUGAAAAUGCAGAUGUAGUAAAGCUAUUAAUAGUGUAUCCUAGUAUUUCUUUCACAAGUACGAGGGAGUACUAGCGGUAAGUGUGAACAGCUGUACCAAUGCAAUAUGAGGCUCAUCAGCAAAUGCGUGGGGGGAUUCUGUAAGAUACUUUUUGCCUGAUUGGAACCAUACCUAAACAGCCUGAAAGGCCCUGCUGUACGCUUGCUUCCCAUGCCAAUCCAAUAGCCUUUGAAGGAAGUGGACUGACUGAAUGACAUGGUUGAUUUCUACACCAGUGUGAUUGCUCAUUGAUUGGUGCAUGAUCUUAAUUCAUUUAUGUAGUACAGUGUUUCCAAAAGUGGGCGAUACCGCCCAGUGGGGGGCGCUGGAAUGAUCCAGGGGAGAAGUAGCCUCGGGUGCAGUUGGGGGCAUUGAAUAAAAAUAAGGGGGCAGGAGAAGAAAGAAGAAAACCCAUUCAUAAUGGUUUCAUUUGUUGUUUAAUGAUGCUUACCGCCAUGUCGGACGUUGUUGCAGGAUGGCGACAACACCUUCCAUGGAUCUGGCACUUGUGCUGGAGGCAACAAGUUUUCCCGAGCUUGGGUGAACCCAUUUCAGCUUCACUCAGGCCCAGGAAGUGGAUCACAGCUUGCCUGCCUAUUUGACCAAUGGCAAGCAGGCUGUGACACAGCCCUUCUUCUUUGCUUAAAGAAGGCAGAUUUCCAGGGGGCACUGAGUCAUGCUUUUUCCUGAAAUGGGGGAGGUAGGCCAAAUAAGUUGGGGAACCUCUGAUGUAGAAUGUGUAAGAGCAACAAUCUUUCCCAGUGCCUGGAAGGGACUCUUCCUAUUCCUUAUUUACUUGGAGACUUCAGGGCUGGGGUUUUUGUGUGGCACUGGAUAUCUUGAUGCCAGAGGGCUGAGGGCAUUAACCUUUUGACCAGCUGGUGGCGAGGGGGUUUGUGGGCAUCUCUUUGUGAUAUAGGCCAGAACAACUGGAGGUGAGGGAAGAGUCCUAAGGAGAUGUUUCCCAAAGGAGAUAAUAAAAGCAAACCAUUUCUUAAUUUACCAUCAGCAAAGAUGAGUGUGAUCAGGUCUGCUAGUUCUUUUGGACUAGGCUGAAUUAGCAUUUGAAAUGGAAGCAUCUUCAUGGGACCAGAAAAAAAUAAAAUCCAUAAAAACAUAUACAUCUUUUUUUAAAAAACAAACAAAACAAAACCUGUCAGUUUCUGCUUAAAAUGUUGUAGAGAUACUGUGUCCUGUUUUUGUAACUUGCUUGUUGCAACUUGCCUAAUAGAAAGCAAAGAGUUAAAGCCCUGAAGUCUUAUAAAUGGAGGUAAAUGCUGACGCAAGGUCUUCAGUACUUUUCUGACAGAACACCCAUCUUUAAUUUGCUUGUCCCUUUACCCAUAUAACAUUGUACAUCUGCCCUUGAAAAUAGCUCUUGCAAGCAUGAGUGUAGCCAGGGAAGUCAAUUUAGCAGAGGUUCCUGUCUGUGUCCUAGCACUGCAGGCAGACAGCCUGGAGCUAGGAGUUAUUAUCGGCUAAACAGGUAUAUGAAUAAUUACUAAAGAGAGAAGCCUGGGUUAAUUGCAGUUUUUAAUCUUGUUCUCAUAAAUUCUUAGAUAAUUUUUUCAGGGGGGAGCAUUCAUAAAAGCUUCAGUAAGUGUUUUCUUUUCCCCAAUGAUUUAUUAUUUAUUUUUCCUAUCAUAAUUUGACAUAAUACCUUCACUGUACAUGAAACUCCUAUCAAUUUUGUUCAUUUUUGUAGGACAUGUAUAUCCCACCCUUCCUUUAAGUAAGCUCAGAUGGACCUCAGGUUAUAUUGUUUCUCUUGUCAAAGAGGAGAAUUUAAACCCCAGUCAUGGAGUUCCAAUAUGUUUUAGCAUUGUGCACAGUUUGACACAUAGGCACUUAGCUAAAGUCACCUAAUGGCUGAGUGGGGAUUUGAAGGACAUUGGACCAAUGUGGUCUGCCCCUCCCCCCCCGGGGGGGGGAGGGGAAACCCUUGGGAAAAUCUUGCUUCACUUCUAAGCUUCUUAGAUCUCUCACAUCAUUUUCACAUGUGCGUAAUCCCUACUAGAAUUGCUUCAAAAGUUGGCAUUUGGUCGACAGAGCCUGUCUUCAUAGAGUCUUCACAGAAUUGUAGAGUUAGAAGGGAUCAUAAGGAUCAUCUAGUCCAGGCACCCCCAAACUUUGGCCCUCCAGAUGUUUUGGACUACAAUUCCCAUCUUCCCCAACCACUGGUCCUGUUAGCUAGGGAUCAUGGGAGUUGUAGGCCAAAACAUCUGGAGGGCCAAAGUUUGGGGAUGCCUGAUCUAGUCCAACCCCCCAAUGCUGGAAUUUUUGCCCAGCAUGGGACUCGAACCCACAACCCUGAGAUUAAGAGUCCCAUGCUUUACUGACUGAGCUAUCCUAGAAAUCUGAGUGCUUGCUUAGAGGAUAUGAGGUAGUCAGACUUCAGUGCAGGCCAUAUCUUUUCUUCACAUGCUAUAUUGUAGUCGACUUCGGGAAAAAGUGUGCAUUAACCACAAAGUAGCUUAAUGUGCCAGGUGUCUUAUGACACCUUCCAUAGGAGUUUUUACCAUUACAACCCUACAUUUCAAAACAAACAUACUUAGACAUUAAAAAGCCAAGACAUUUUAUAUUUUUAUAUGUGGCCUUUAAAUUAUGAUUAUAGGGGUAUUUUAUUUCCCUAGAACAGUCUAAUUUAAGAGAGCAGUGGGGAAACAUAGUUUCUCAUUGCUACCCCACAGAGUUAAUAUACCUGCUUUUCUCUCAUUCUCAUGCUACUCCUGGAGUGUUUCUGUUUUUGAAACACAGACACCACUCAAAACCAUAUUCGUUUGGUUUGGCUGCUUCGUAUGUGGUUGCUUUUUCCUUUCUCUUUUUAGUAUGCAGCUAUAAAGGCCAAGUGCACCUGCAUACAGCUUGUGACCCAGCCUACCAGCCAUGCAUGGUGGCUUCCCAAGGGUUCAGUAAACCUCUUGUUUCUGCUGCCUGCCUGAAACGCCAAAUGCAAGGCAGUGUGUUCUUGUAGGACACUUGUUAGGCAAUAAUAUAUGGCUGGUGUGAGUUCCUUCAGCUUGAGGGCCACAGGGUGUGUAUGCCUGGUUUAUAUUAUUGAAAGUUCAUAUCUGAACAAGUAAAUGUUUAAGAGCAUUGUAAGAGCCUGCUGGAUCAGGCCAGUGGCCCAUCUAGUCCAGCAUCCUGUUCUCACAGUGGCCAACCAAGAUACCUGUAGGAAAUCGACAAACAGGAUUCGAACAUGAGAGUACUCUCAGAAGCAUUCCUGCCUCCUACUGUGAUAGCAGAGCAGAGCCUGCUCCUCAGUGAACGAAAAACACUUGUACUUCAUAUGUGAAAAUGAAUUAUUUUUCUUAUAGUGGGGUACCGUAUAUGUCCAUGUAGGGGAAAAGUCAUACCUUUUCUUCUUGUGAUUGCCCACUGUGCCUUUACAGUGUAACUUAUUCAGGCAGAGGGUGUUAUCAGUAGUGGCACCUGCCCUGUGGAACGCCCUCCCACCAGAUGUCAAGGAAAUAAACAACUACAGGUAUCUGACUUUUAGAAGACAUCUGAAGGCAGCCCUGUUUAGGGAAGCUUUUACUGUUUGAUGUUUUAUUGUGUUUUUAAUAUCCUGUUGGAAGCCGCCCAGAGUGGCAGGGAAGGCCUGUCCAGAUGGAGAGGGUAUAAGUAAUAUUUUAUUUUAUUUUAUUUUAUUGAACUCAAGCCUCAAUGUGUAUAUUUUGGAUAUGUUUGCUUUAAAAUAAUAUGAAAUAUUUGUGUGUGUGUACUUGUGUGUGUUAUCCAAAGGCAAAAACUAGGCAAAAGGGUAGAUUAUAAAAUCGAAGCCAUGUUUUGUAGGUUCUGGAGCUGAGCAUCAGUCUUGGCCCAGUUCUUCUCUAUGGCAAUAUUCCGCCCCAAUACAGAGAUAGAUAUACUCCUCCCUGGUAUAAAAAGACUUCAGUGGGAGCUUUUAAAUAGUUAUCCCUGUGAGACAACAUUUCCCAUGAUGUAAUUUGACACACAGUCGUCAUUGGAGCUUAAACAUAGUAAUCUUUGAAAAUGAUUGGGAAUUUGCCCUGGAGGGGGGAAGACCUGUUAUGAUUAAUUUCUACCAAUGAUAAACCACUCCUUGUCCAAAAUGCAAUGUGCUAUGAAGUAUGAUUUAAUCCAUUUAACUACAGUGCCUGGUGCCUGUGACAACUGUGACUCAAAUGUCAUCACAGAAAGUGAUAUUUCAAGUGGCAUGGUGGGAUUAGAAACCUGCUGAAGAUUUGUCAAAGGAAAAGUAAGUACAUAAUUUUUAGAUAAGUGAUUUGUCUACUGUGAACUGCUUCUACUAAAAGAGAGAGAGAGACAAGGAGAGUUGGGGAGGGAGGGACUGGGAGGCAGUUUUUAAAUUAAGCAUCCCUGAACCUUUGCACUUGACCAUGGAUAUAACUACAUAGGAAGUGGGGGGGGGAUUUUAAAAUUUAAAGUGGAAAUUAUCUGUAUUGGGUAUAAAUUUAUUAAAAAAUAUAAUUUGCUGGUGGAAGUCCUGGUGGAUCAUACUUUUAAUUUUUCUUCUUAGAAGUCUAAGCUCAGUUUGACUUUUGACAUAGGAUAGUGUCCAAUCUUGGAAGGUUAUGUGUGUUUUUGAAAAGAGACUGGGAAGUGUGAGGCAGGGAUGAGUAUUUCGCUCUGUGGUUUCUGCAGCUGAAUUAAUGGAGUCCCAAACUGUAUGCUAAGUCAAAGUAGUGUCCUAUAUGAGGGGUUGAAGCUACACCUUGAAGAACUCCAGCCCUCAUGAAUCCAGUGGUCUCUGCCCUUCAGAGCACAGGAGUUCCAUUUCAAUAUUGACUGAGAAAUUGGUAGAGGUGAUAUUGCAAGGGAGAGAAUUAGGAUGUACUGAAUCGCACGAGGCAUUUUAUGCUGUAAUCGAAAGGUGCAGGGGACUCCCAAAAACAUCCUCAUUGCCUAUGGUAUGAAAAAUAUGGGGAAAUGCUUCUUUAUUCCAUCAACCCAUUUAGUUGCAUAGCUCUGUGGGUGAGGCCCAGGCCUUAAGUGAAUUGCAGUCUUGUGCCUUCUGGAUUGCAUAGAUAAAUCUUGAAUGUACAAUGCCACCUGAAUAAAUGUUGAUAUGGGAGAUAGACGCUAUAAGGCAAUUGGAGUAAUUUCAAAGGCUUAGCGAAAGUACCAUUUAAAAAUGAGUAAAGUGCUGCUCUGGUUCGCCAGAAGCGGCUUUGUCAUGCUGGCCACAUGAACUGGAAGCUGUAUGCCGGCUCCCUCGGCCAAUAACACGAGAUGAGCACCGCAACCCCAGAGACUGGACCUAAUGGUCAGGGGUCCCUUUACCUUUAUCUACUGGCUAAGCUAACCAAGGCUUCCUCAAGGCAUUCUGCUGUUGGCAGGUGGCAACCUCUCACCCCCAAUUCCAGAUACAGAACCCAACCAGAUUGACAGUUGAAUAUCUUAACAUUGGGGACACUGAUGGGAUAGUGUCUUCCGCCGUGCCCGAGGCUGCUUCAGGCAGCUCUAUCACUCUGCCUAGUGGUAGCACCAGCUCUGCUUCUGAAAGAGCAGCUAUGUGUGGAUACAGUUGCCACUUGCGGAUGCAGACCCAGCAGCAUUAUGACGGUUACCCAACUCCACUGACCAAUUGCGUGAGUCCUUUGAGGUAGAUGGGAUUGUGGGAUGCUCUUCCGCAUCUGGGACUGUUACUUGUUGCACCCGGAUGUAGUUGCCCAUGGGUAGAGCAGGAUUAGGAUCAUAGGGAUACGCAGUUCUUCCCAAUGUUGCUGUGGCUUAGACUUUGGUGAGUGCACCUAACUCAAGCAAUUACUAUCCAAACCCAGCACCUAGAUGGGAAAAGCUUAGUGAUACAUACAUUAAGAUUCAUUCCUAAUGUAUGUUGGACCCAAACCUGUCACCAUGAGUGGAACCACUUAGGAGCAGCCCUGUAAACACCUGUGCGAUUAGUGUUGAGUCAUGACUCCAAACUCUAGAUCAGGCAUCCCCAAACUUCGGCCCUCCAGAUGUUUUGGACUACAAUUCCCAUCAUCCCUGACCACUGGUCCUGUUAGCUAGGGAUCAUGGGAGUUAUAGGCCAAAACAUCUGGAGGGCCACAGUUUGGGGAUGCCCGCUCUAGAUGAACCAUUUAUCAACUGCAGAAAGAUCUAACAAUCAGUAGGGCUCUGUAUAUAAGCCCCUGAAACAUAUGCUUAUCCACAGACCUGGCUAAGGCUCAGCUCCUAAUUUUAGACUUAAGUCUUGGAGGGCCGCCCCACACAUCCAUUUUCUUACUUCCUCCUGCAUACACUCUUGAGCAACUCUGCUGUCUACAUAAUUAUAGUUUUUAAAAGAGCAUGAGUUCUGUUUUAAUAAAAGAGAGUGACAUUCCAAAUACCCUGCUAUAAUGUCAUACUGUGGGUUUUAUUUUAUUUUUUAAAUUGAGAACAACAAUUUCUGUGAUGUACAGCAGAUGCUUGCAAAGGAACGCUGGUCCUUUCUAUUGUAACAAUUUCCAGAUGAGUAGGUGCGUUAGCUGGAGAAACAUGGAAUAAAACUAAAGGGUCUUGUGGCACUUUAAAGACUAACACAUUUUAUUAUGCUAUGAGCUUUCAUGGACUAGAGCCCACUUCACCAAAAUGAAGUGGGUUACAGUUCACAAUAACUCACACCAUAAUAAAAUUGGUUAGUCUUUAAGGUGCCACGAGAUUCUUUCUUUGCUUUUUUAGUCUGAGAGAAAAAAGGCAAAACACAUUCUUGCCAGUUUUCAGUUCUUUUAAUUGAAAUCAGCAAGAUAGCCCAGGCAAGCGCAUCUGUGGCAAGGCUUGAUGGAUUUUGUGAAGGUUGCGCUUGGAUAGGAAGUGGGUUUUUUACCACAGGAUGCUGUGUCAAGGAAAGACUGGUUCUUGGUUGGCCACAACUUAAACUGCCACUUUUCCCUCCGAGAAGGGGAAAGCUCUCAUUGGCUUCCUGUUUACGUACUUUGCAAUCAUUCACUCCAUACAGAAAACAUGACUUCUUUUAACUUGAAAAUGUCUUGAAACGAAAGCCAAGUAGUUGUUCUUUAAAAGGUCCGGGAUUCAAUUCCCUUUUUGAAAUUUAAACCUUGUAUACAGAAUUCAUUAAAACUAUUAUUGAAAGCCUUGUUAAAAGGUAUGGUAUGUUGACCUGUAAAUAAUUUGUACAGUUGGAACAAUUUUAAAAUCUCCAAAAUAUUUUCUCAAAAAAAUAUUCAGUAUAUUCCUAUCUUGAUGCUGAAAGCUGCUGCUAUAAGAGGAAUAUAGUACUCUUGCUAAGUGCUCAAAGUGUUUCUUAUAAAUGACCUCAGUAACCUUUGCUACAGCCCUGCAUGGUAGGCCAACUUUAUCCUCAUAUUAGUAAUCUGGGGGUUGAGGGUUAGUCUGGAUGAGGCUGCUGUUCAGAGUGUAAAUUAUGGCUGGGAUUUUUUUUUCCUGUUGAGAGUCAAUUAUCUUCGAAGUAAUAUGUCAAGGGAAGAAGUUCCAGAACAACCAGCAGUGGGGCAGAAGUGGCCUGCCUUUCAGCUGGAGUGUUGCCCCCUCCCCAAUACCUUUGUGCUAAACCUUGAAACUCCUGGAAAUUUGGCACAGCUUUAAUUUGAACUGGGGAUUUCCCAGGGCUGGAUUACCAAAUAGGCAGAGUAGGCACUGGCCUAUGGGCACCUUUUUACAAUCAAGCCUUCUUAGUUUUACAAGGGGCCCCCCAAGAUUUUGGCUGCCUAGGGGCCUCCGCAGGGUAUAAUAUGGCACUGGGAUUUCCUAGCCCAUAAAUUAUUCUCUUAAGUACAGUACUACCCCUUUGUGGGGCAGUGAAAUUGAUUUGGGGCUCCUUUACCUCCAUUAUGAUUCUUCACCUUCCUCACUUGUUCAGAACAUCAGAACUCUGGUUCUUUAUUCUCCCGUUGCAAUGCUCGUGAGUAUCUGAGUAAGGCAUCUACAAGCUCAGGAUCAUGUGCCGUUGUAAGAAACAUCAGAUCCUGAACUUAGGCAUCCCUUCCUAGAUAUCAGAUUUGUUUAUACUGUAGUAGUAAUUGCAUUGACAUGCCUUGUAUACGGUCCUGAUCUACUGCUUAGGGGAUUAAAUAACACAUCACAGCUCCACAUUUAGUAAAUUAAAUAAAUAUAUUGUAUAAAAUAUACUGAGUAAAUUUGGGUAGCUUUUUCUUGUUCUGAUAGUCAUGUGAAGGGACAAGGACCUGUGGUUCAACCACUUGAAAUUCUACACAGUCACCUCUCCUGAGAUUCCUUCAGAGUUUGUCUGCAUAGUAUCAAGCAUAUUUUUGAGCCAUAAGAUCUAGAAAAUUGCUUUUUAAAAAGCUGAGAUUCCAGAAUCUAAAUUCUGUGCCCUAUUCUGCACCAUAGAAUUGUGGAGUUGGAAGGGACCCCAUGGGUCAUCUAGCCCAACCCCCUGCAAAUGCAGGAAUCCUGCCCACAGCCAUCCCUGGUUAGCAGACAGACACAAUGACCCAUUGCAUCCUUUGGGGUUCUUUGCCCUGUGAUCUUAUAGAAUUAUAGCAUACACACAACUCUCCUUGAAGUAUCCUAAACGUUCUGCUGUCCUUUGACUGCUUCUCAUUUUAUAAUCUGCUGGCACAAGAAUGGUCCCACAAGUCACUUCUGGAUCUGGGGAAUGGGUUGGGGCAAAUAAUGUGAAACAGCUGACAACUAGGUCAAAGAGAGCCAUGAUUACUGUAAAUUUGGCUGAGAAGUAAAAGUGCCUUUUUCCAUUCUAAUUGUGUGUGUUGCUCCUUUCCUGCGUUAAGCUUCCAGACAUGUGUGAACGAGUGCCAAAUUAUUAGACUGCAGUUGCUUCUCACAUGUAGUUUGUGCUGAGCUUUGAGCACAUAAAGGUUUGCAUAAAUACUGGAUGUUCCCCAGAGAGUAACCUGCUGGAUGAGAGGAAGACAGCCAAAUGAAAGCUCGGCUCCAAAUCCAUCCACUUGAACCUUCUUUUCAGGUGUACUAGCUGAUGAAAUGGCAACAACCCUCUUUGUUUUGUUCUUUCAAACAGUGAUUCAUGCCAGAAUUACGCCAAUAUGAAUUUCGUAUUCUGGUACAGGUGGCGUGUGUCCACUUCCUCCCCUUCCUUUUUGUGGGCUGAUUGCCUUCACGCAGGAAGCCACCAACGUAGCUGCUGUCUCCUAAAAAGCAGAACCUUCCUCCUCUGGACGCUUAAUUAGCAUGACUAGUUUGAUGGAUUUAGUCAACAGUAUUUCUAAAUAGGGGAUGCAGGGAGACCCUGUACACCAGCUCUCUCCCAAACAGAAGCCCCUUUUUUGACCAGGCGCCCUUAAUGGCUUGCUAGACACACUCAAACAAGUGUUGCUUCUGAUUAAUUGAUCGAGGGGGGUAAUUUUAGCCUUUUGGCAGCGUUCCAGAGAGCAACCCUUUGUCCUAAUAUUCCUAGCACCACCCCUCCUUGCAAGUUUGAAAUGUGAGAUGCCUGGAUCCCCCCCCUUCCCACCCCACUCCCUCUCUUUCUCUCUCCCUUCUGGCAAAGUGGCUGUGUCUGCUUGUGUGUAUCUCUGUCUGUGAGUGUAUGUGUGUGUGUGCGUGCGUGCAUGCGCACGUAAGUGAUAGAUGGGUAUAAUGGGAGAGCAAAGGGAUGGACCACUAGAGACAGCAAAAGGAAACCAUCAAUACCAGUAACAUGCAGUUGAGGUGAGAAUUUUCCUAGUGUUUGAUUCCCCCCACCCUCUCCUCUUCUUUAUUUCUCUCCCCCUCCUCAUCUCUUUCCAGUCCUUUCAAGCGGCGUUGGGGAGGGGGAGAGAGGAGGGUGUUUUUCUUUUUUUGUUAAUGGAGCCUCCUUUCAUAUUUGCAAGCGCUGCACACAGACGCCCGCCCGCCCACCCUCUCCCAGCAAUGUCAUGCGGACGCCACUGCGUGCCCCCUCGCUUGUUUCAGGUCUGUCCGCGUAGAUGUGUGAAGUUCUAAAGCUGAACCUGAUUCUCCCUUUAUUGUCUCUGGAGGGUUGUCGCUGGCAGCACAAAUAGCCUGUUGGCAAGUACGGCAUGAGCCCAUUAGCAAGGCUCCAUCUGUGAUUGGUUUUGCCUGGAAACCGGGAGACAAGCGAUGAAUAAUUGAUGUGUGUUGUGCAGGAGCUGGACAGGCAAAGAAAAAGAGCGAGAGCGCAGGAUGCCCUCGGAGAGGGGGGAGAGAGAGAGCAGACUCGAAAAAUAGCUACUGGCUGCCUUGCGCUGCUGAGAUUAAGGUAGCCCUGGCUUUCUUUGUUCUGCAACUACAUGCUUUCUUUCUGCCUAGAAGUGUUUUCAGAUAGAUGUGGCCUUCCCCCCCACCCCACCCUCCUUGCAACAGAAGAGAGGGAGAAACACCACCCCCCUCGAGGUAGGGGAGUGGAGGACGCCAGUUUCGACUGAAAUAGAACUUGUGGCGCUGCUCUCGUCGUGGUGUGAGGAGCUGGGACGACUCUUGCUACUGCGUCACCAGAAAAGUCGGCAAAACGACCCUCCUGGGAAGCUCCCCAUGCAGCCACCCAUGAGCUCCAUGAAACCCUCCCUUUCACACAGGUGCAUAUGUGACGGCUGCCAUCUUGACAGACCCCAGAGAUUGAAACGGGGACCUCCAGAGCUGAAAGCUGAUGGGACUUUCCCGUAUGAUUCUGUUCCUUGGCAGCAAAACACCAAUCAACCACCAGGCUCCCUGUCAGUGGUCACUACAGUAUGGGGUGUGACUAACACCUCCCAGAGCCAGGUGCUGGGAAAUCCCAUGGCAAAUGCUAACAAUCCUAUGAACCCAGGAGGAAAUCCCAUGGCUUCUGGGAUGACUACCAGCAAUCCUGGCAUGAAUUCACCUCAGUUUGCUGGGCAGCAACAGCAGUUCUCGGCCAAGGCAGGCUCCAAUCAGCCGUACAUGCAACAGGGCAUGUAUGGGCGGCCCAACUACCCAGGGAGUGGAGGCUUUGGGGGAAGCUACCCAGGAGGCCCUAAUAAUCCUGCAGGAAUGGGGAUGCCGCCCCACACCAGGCCGCCUGCUGAUUUCACUCAACCAGCCGCUGCUGCUGCCGCUGCUGCUGUUGCUGCAGCGGCAGCUACAGCCACAGCUACUGCCACAGCAACAGUUGCAGCCCUUCAGGAAACACAGAACAAGGAAAUGAAUCAGUAUGGACCGGUUUGUUCCUCUUUCCAGAUGGGUCCAACUCAGGCUUACAACAACCAGUUCAUGAACCAGCCUGGCCCCCGUGGCCCGGCUUCCAUGCCAGGCAGCAUGAACCCUGGCAGCAUGGGAGCGGGCAUGACGCCUUCCAGUAUGAGUGGGCCACCUAUGGGCAUGAACCAGCCCAGGCCGCCUGGAAUGAAUCCCUUCAACCACGGGCAAAGGAUGCCACAGCAAGCCUACCCUGGCCCGCGUCCCCAGUCUUUGCCUAUGCAGGGCAUGAAGAGGCCGUAUCCAGGAGAGCCAAACUAUGGAAACCAGCAGUAUGGACCAAAUAGCCAGUUUCCAUCCCAGCCUGGUCAGUACCCAGCUCCCAACCCUCCCAGACCCCUGACAUCUCCCAACUACCCUGGACAAAGGAUGCCAAACCAGCAAAACACAGGGCAAUAUCCUCCUCCAACGGUCAACAUGGGACAGUAUUACAAGCCGUCAAGGCCUGUUCCUGUGGCGAAUUACCCUCACUCACCUGUUCCAGGAAACCCCACGCCACCUAUGACUCCAGGGAGCAAUAUUCCUCCAUACCUGUCCCCUAAUCAAGAUGUCAAACCGCCAUUCCCACCUGACAUUAAACCAAAUAUCAAUGCUUUACCACCACCUCCAAAUGCUAAAGGGAAAGUUCACGCUUUCUCUCCCUCUUCGAUCCCAGCCAACCAUAACGAUGAACUGCGCUUGACGUUCCCUGUGAGAGACGGGGUCGUAUUAGAGCCCUUCCGGCUGGAACACAAUUUGGCGGUCAGCAACCAUGUCUUUCACCUACGGCCCACGGUGCAUCAGACGCUAAUGUGGAGGUCAGACUUGGAGUUACAGUUCAAGUGCUAUCACCAUGAAGACAGACAGAUGAACACCAACUGGCCAGCAUCAGUCCAGGUCAGCGUCAACGCAACUCCGCUUACCAUUGAACGUGGCGACAACAAGACAUCGCAUAAACCCCUGCAUCUAAAGCACGUCUGUCAGCCAGGAAGAAACACCAUUCAAAUUACCGUCACAGCAUGCUGUUGUUCACAUUUGUUCGUAUUGCAGUUAGUACACCGGCCAUCAGUGCGCUCUGUACUUCAGGGCUUACUAAAGAAACGCCUCCUUCCAGCCGAGCACUGUAUCACUAAAAUCAAGAGGAAUUUUAGCAGCGUGGCAGCCUCCUCUGGCAAUGCAACUCUUAAUGGUGAGGAUGGAGUGGAGCAGACAGCUAUCAAAGUGUCCCUGAAGUGUCCAAUCACAUUCCGGCGGAUCCAGCUUCCGGCAAGAGGCCAUGACUGCAAACAUGUACAGUGCUUUGAUCUGGAAUCCUACUUGCAGCUGAACUGUGAACGAGGGACGUGGAGGUGUCCUGUAUGCAAUAAAACAGCUCUGCUGGAGGGCCUGGAGGUUGACCAGUAUAUGUGGGGCAUUUUGAAUGCUAUACAAAACUCAGAGUUUGAGGAAGUCACAAUCGACCCAACGUGCAGCUGGAGGCCUGUCCCAAUCAAGUCAGACAUUCACAUCAAAGAUGAUCCAGACGGCAUGCCUUCCAAGAGGUUUAAAACCAUGAGUCCCAGCCAGAUGAUCAUGCCUAAUGUGAUGGAGAUGAUUGCAGCUUUGGGUCCAGGCCCAUCACCUUACCCCUCAAUCCCACCUCCACCCGGCGGCAACAAUUCCAAUGAAUACAGUAACCAAGGUAACAGUUACCAAGGUCACAGCAAUUUUGAUUUUCCACACGGGAAUCCUGGUGGAACGUCUAUGAAUGACUUCAUGCAUGGGCCUCCUCAGUUGUCACACCCUCCAGACAUGCCUAGUAACAUGGCAGCUCUUGACAAACCUCUAAGUCACCCCAUGCAGGACUCUAUCCCUCAUCCCGGCAGCACUGAUCAGUCCCAUAGUUCCAUGCAGCAAGGUUUGCACGUACCUCAUCCCAGCAGCCAGUCAGGGCAGCCAUUACAUCACAGCGGUCCUCCUACCCAGCCGUCCCGGCAGCCGCCACAGGCCGCUCCUACCAACCAUCCACACAAUGACCUGGCCUUUAACCCCUCCUCAGCCUUAGAAGGCCAGGCUGGUGGGCAGGGGACGUCUGAUAUGCCGGAGCCUUCGCUGGAUCUGCUUCCAGAACUCACAAAUCCAGAUGAGCUACUUUCAUACUUGGAUCCUCCUGACUUACCAAGCAAUAGCAAUGAUGACCUUCUUUCUCUUUUUGAGAACAACUGAAGCCUUCUGUGUUUUGUCCCCAACACCUCACAUUUGUUUGACAAGUCUGUAGCUUCACGGUGAGGAAUCCCAAGCCACCCUUUUUUCACAAGGACAAACUCACAACUUAAGCAAAUGGUGCACACUCCCUACUUAACUUCAUCUCAGAACUGCUUGUGUCAAGCUUCAUCAACUGCGGUGGGGAAAAGCAAGAGGACAAUAUGGUGGUGACCUCACAGACUACCACUCUACUUCACAGAUCGAUUGUGCAGCUGUGGAAAACCUCACUUGUUAAUUAUGCAGAGAGAUAAGAGUUUUGGGAUAUGCCUAGUGAGAAGCAGCCCAGUAGAAACCAGUCUCAGCAAGGAAAGAAAGGCAACAGAACUAUGCUAAGCAACCAGUUUUAGAAAGUCCUUCCAACUUUUGUUCUUCCAUUAGCUCUCUCUCCCUCCUGCCCUAAUGCUAUAUUGUCUGUCCCACUAUGUUCCUUCCCUCCCUCUCCCAGUACACUUCUGCCAGACACAAUAAGGACAAAACUUAUUUGGCAGCACAUUUAGACUAGCCAAACAAACUCAAACAUAAAACAAAUACCAAAAAGCACAAAAAAACCAAUAAAGAUGUCACAAGUAGGAUAAAAAUACAAAAUGCAGCCAAGGGAGGAACCUGUUUCUUAAGACAGCGGUUUCUCCAUUGUGGAAGAGUCCAGUGAAUCUCCAGGGUAUGGCAAGCGUGCUUUUCUAAAUCGUAGCAAUCUUUUUUUAAAAAAACUAUUCUUAGAGGAAGGGUAGUUACCUUAUCUUGCUCUGACACAGAUACUUGGACACCUUGUUUUCUCCUGUCUUUCUCUUUCCCUUUCUUUUUCUUCUUUUUAAGGGGUUUGGUUUCGGAUUACUGCUUUUGUGACAAUAAAGCAGCCAGCUAUUAAAAGGGGGCAGACCAUAUUCACAUAUGAAGUAGGAGAAGAGAAAAACUGUAAACCGUUGAUCCAUCACCAAGAGCUUUCGAUUUUUGUAACCUGCGAAGUUAGAUCACUGCUCAGUCCCUAACAGGAAAAUGUGGCAAAAGUGUGGAGAAAAAGAGCUCUCACUUCAAGAUAUUUGGGGGCGGGGAGAGAGAUAAGAGGAAAAAACUGUUCACAAUUGUUUAGAAUUGAAGGAGGCGUUUGCAAUAAGAGUCACCUUAUCUCUCCCCCCACCCUCCGAUGGUUUGCUUUGCAUUUUCCAAAUUGUGUUAUGUGGCUCUGCCUUUUUCUUUUUUUCAGUUUUAUUGUAUCAUUUAGCUGACAGGACCUUUUCCCUCUUCUUUUCAAAAAAUAUAUUUCCAAGAAUAAUGGGCACGGGAACAGUCAGUUCCUUUGGUAUCACCGUACAGCAGGCUCUCGUGCCACAAUGCUUCCGUGGUAUUUGUGCUUCUCAUGUGGUUGCUUCCCUCCUGCAUGAGCUUCCAGUCGCUUCUGGGCCCAUUUCUGCGUCCUCUCCGUUGUUCUCUCUUUAUAAAUUUUGUAUAGUACCUGUGUGUUAAGACGUGCAUGUGUGCCAACUUUGCCCUUGCGGGCCAACAUUUCAUCUUCUGCCUACUGUGUACAGAAUAUUGCUUUUUUUGUGGAUAAUACACCUUGAUUGCUUCGUCCCGUUUGGAAUCCAAUCCAAUAGUCCCAUCUUUGAUUUCAGCAGUAGGCUUUCGAUUUUGUGCCAGAUGGAACUCUUGCGUGUUGGUUUCAGUGUGUAAACAAACUCCACCCACCUUGCCCUCUGCGAAUGGCAUGACCUGUGCAUUCCAUUCUGAAUUUGCUCUCCUCACCAAAGUCAUGCUUGUAAAUUCUUUGAGCAUUUGUUCUUAGCAUCUACCACCACUGCUGUAUUUGCAUCUUGUUAUAUAUAUAUGCUAGUCGACAGCACCUUGCUGUAGAUAUUACAGGAAAUGGCAGUUUUAGUUCUUAUAUUAUUUUCCAGUUAGGAGUGUUGAAUUUGUAAACAUUUUAUGUAGAGAUGUUCCUACAUUUACCUUUCCCCUCCCCACCCUUUUACUGAGGUUUUUAUUUUGUUCCUUUUUUUGAAGAGAAGCGCUGUUCAUUAUGCAAGAUCAAUUAUUUUAAGAAUUGCUGUUGUAAAUACCUUUUGUGAAUAUUUUAGUAUUGUCUUUGAUUAUUAUAUUCAACAUUUUCAUGAUCUGGAUAUACAUGUGUUUUUAAAAUACAUAGGGGGAGCGGGUCUUUUUUCUUUUCUUUUUUUCUUUUUGUAAAGGGUUCUUGGACUAAGGGAGCAUUGAUUUUUCCUUCUGAUAAAUUAGCCCUAUCAGUUUCUUCAAGAAAUAUUCUAUAUCUGGCCAGUGUCCUGAGCAGCCCAGCAAAUAAAUUGUUAUGAGUGUGACUGUCCUAACCUGUAUCACCCUAGACUUCUGCUUUGUAGGCAAAGAAGCUAUUUCUAAGGCUCUCACAUCCCUCUGAAAAGGAUGCUGGCCUAUGCGUAGAAGAGGGGAAAGCAGUACAGAAUAUAGUUUCUUAUCCUGUAUAUACAUAGCAAAGGAUCUUUAUUAUUGGACACCUGGUGCCACAACUAUUAUAUGGUGGCACAACUGAGAUGGGACACCACUGUGACACUGAAGUCUAGAGCUUCCUUCCAUUAAAAUGCAUUUUUUUUGUUUUCACUCUAGUAGCUUCCCCCUGCACCAUUUUGCUGCAUCAUUUACAUAAUCAAUGAAAUCAUUUGUAUGAGCAGUUAAGGCUAAUAAUUUGACACAUUAUUCUUAAUUUUUUAAAAAGCCUCUCACACACUAUGAGCUCUAAACCGAAUGCCACACACUUGUCGUAGCCAUGUAUUGUGGCCCACCAGUAGUGCAAUAAAGCUUCCGGUUCCACUGUUUAUUGAAAAAGCAAAUAAUAGUAAUAAUAAUAAAUACCUCUGAAGACCAGUUGCUGGAAAUCGCAAGUGAGGAGACUGUUGCCAUCCUCAAGUCCUGCUUGUUCAUUUCCUAUAGGCAUCUGAUUGGCCACUGUGAAAGGAGAAUGAUGGACUAUCAGUAGUCUUCAACCUUUCAGACCCAGGACCUCAAACAUGCAUUUGGGGAUCCAUUUCUUAACCUUUUGCCAUAUAUUUGCAUGGUAAUAGUGCUCCUGUUGUGACACACCUUAGAUCAGGUGAGACCCACUAGCGAAAGACUAGUAGACUAGACAAACCUUGGCCCUGAUCCAGCAGAGUUGUUAUGUUCUUAGUCAAGCACCUGGUAGGCUACAAUAUGUGGUGGGUGGGUUGCAUUCAGUUUGAUGGAUCACAAGUUGUGUAGGCCUGUGUUAAGCCAUAUGCUGUGCGUUUGCCUGUUCAGCUUCUAGCACUGAAUUUUAUUUUAUUUUAUUAGCAUUGCUCCACUGUUAGAUAUGCAUCUAUCAAAACUAGUUACUUGAAACUGAGGGGUUUUUUUCUGUGUAACUGGAAACGGAACCAUUCUAAAGUCAAAAUUGUUUAGCUUUUGCUGAUGGCAAUCAAAGUGCAUCGUUAUAAAAAGGUUCCUGUUGAGGAGGCAUAAGGUGAGACUCACCUGAGACAAACAUAUUUGGUAUAAUAAAGCUUUCUAUCAUUUGAUGAAAUCUUCUCUCUAGUAACAGUUAAUGCACAUUUUGGCAGCUGUGGAUUUCAUGUACACUGAUUACCGUAGGUCAGUAGAAAGACACAGACUGACUAAGCACAAGGGCUACCUGAGUUGUGUUUGUGAACGAAUGGAAGCAGAUGCUGAGAUCUAGCCAUGUACUUGCGUAAUAGUUUAUCAAAGCGCGUAUUUAUCAGAGGCAGCCUUUGUGUAGUCAACCCAGAAUGCCCCCAACUUUCUCUCUCACACGACCACAUUAGCAUCUUAUUAAAUUACUGGAUAGUCAAAAAAAAA